AGCUGCUUUAGUUUCUUCCAUCCCUGGCUCUGAUUGCUUCUCGGCGGCGCGUGACGAGACAAGCAGAGGAGAGUGUGAUAGUUCGACAGAGAGGAGAGCGAUAUACAGUCAUUUGUUUCGGAAGAGAGUGGAAGGAGAUCGAUCGGGAAAUCAAGAUGUGCAUGGACAAGUCUGCCGUGCCGGCGAAGAAGAUCUGGCUCGCAAUCGCCGCCCGCGUCGGUCUCCGCCCAUCAGCUGGACUGAGGAACUUGAGGAAGGAGGUGAGGACGUGCGAGUACCGCGACGUGCACGUCAUGUGGGAGAUGCUCAGGGAGAUGGGCUCCCCGUCGGCGCCCCUGGAGGAGAAGGAGGCCGCCGCGGCCGCGGCCGUCGCGGCUGCCGCCGGCGCCAGGAAGAAGAAGGCGGCGUGGAGGCGGUUCACCUACUACUGCUGCGCGUUCUGAUGUCCAGGAGGAACUGAUGAACACGGAAAUUCGGCACCUGGGACGGCGUCGUCAGAGUUAGAGCAGAGAGGCCGCACGUGUGUGUAGAUAGAAGCAGCAUUGGCCCUCUCAUAGGUUGUGCAAAUAGGCAGACGCGGAUAGGUGGAUCCUGCUGUUCCAGUGGAGAUCGUCGCCAUGCCAAAACAUAGGGUUCAGCCGAUGAGGGUGUGAAUUCAGAAAAUGGCCAAUCGAGAUGGGGAGCCUACAUCAAAGGGAGUAGGCCUUUCCAUACAAGGAGCCCAUUUACAAGAUGGUGUCAACAAGAAUGGCACCUGUAGCCCAGAAG